CUGCUACCUGCAGUCUGUUCUGUGGACACUCGUGUUGUUUUGUUUAUGACGUCACAGUCCACCACCGCCCUGCGCUGUCAGUGAUUUCAGCUGAUGCGGGAGAGGGGAGCGGAGGCCUUCGUUGCUAUGUAGACGGAUUUGGGCGGUAUCUCCACAUAUUAAAAUUACAAAAGGACAAAGAAGAAGCGAUCUAAAUCUCAGCGAAUUUAUUUCUUCUGAUUCAUGAAAGGCACCGCGAGUGCAUCCCGGUGAAUGGGGGUUUCUGCAGUUCCUGUGGGCUUUAGGGAGGUUUCCUGUAUGCAGCGGCGGGGGGAGAGGACAUCAACACCGGCAGGCAUUUAAACGGGUUGCAUACUGGCAGUGAAUGGAAAAAUAAAAUAAUUAUAAUUAUAAUAAUAAUCGUUUGAUUCCGGGAAAGGUGUCGUGCUUAGGAGUCGCAAGUCAUCGGGAAUCCCAUUUCAGCGGUGAAUCUGCAGUUUGUUUAAUAAUACAUGAGAGGCGUGAAAAAAAAAACCAAAAAACCGCACACACAGCGACAAUCGAGCGAAGAAUAUUUUAGAGUUUUAAUGCUUUUCAUCAUAAUACCCUGUGAUGGGAUAGCAAAGUUUAAGCUUUAAUAUUAUUAGUUUUCCAUGACCCUACAGACCUUGAAUUUGAUGUGACACUACGACUUAUUUUGAAGAUUUGAGUCCUGAGUGAGAGAGGAGAUGUGACUGACUUUUGAUACUAGUAGUUUAGUACUUCCAUGGAAACUCAUAAGGGAACUUAAUUCGUUUUUAUUUUUAAUAUUCUAGUUUAGCGAAUUUAACAAUGGGCAACCAUAAAACGGUACAAGCGUUUGAUAAAAUAAGUUGGAAGCAUGGAUUUUAAUGACAUUUCUAAGUUCCUAAGCCCAGACAAAUUGUGCUGUGCCAAACAGUAAUGUGUUUUUUUUUUUUUUUUUUAAACAUUUUUUAAAGGUCUUUCAGAAAUGCCUUUGAAGUGAGAGUCUUCAGAAUGUCUAAAGCGGCCACAAAAGAGAAAAAAUCGUUCAGCAAGAAACUGUUCAGGAAGGGUACCGUGCGAUCGGCGGGGAGUUUUAUGAGUCGAGUACUCAAAACCCUCUCCACCUUAUCUCAUUUCGGUACCGAGGAACACACGGUAGAGGCUGACAAGGAUGACGGUGGCUUCACGACAUUCACGGCUGGUGGCAAAAGCUCAGGUAAAUCUGAUGUGAGCGACUGUGAAGGCUUCCUGCCGACUGGGGACAGGACCCCCGGGUUAGCAGGUCUGAAGAACCAUGGGAACACCUGCUUCAUGAAUGCGAUCCUUCAGUGUCUGAGCAACACCGAGCUGUUCGCCGAGUACCUCGCCCUGGAGCAGUACAAAGGGGACGAUGAAGAGGAGCAGCCCAAAUCUAAUGGGGUGCUGUUUCAAAAGAAAGACUCUCAGGAGAGAGGAGAGGUCACGGAGCAGCUUUCUGGUCUGGUCAGAGCCCUGUGGACGUUUGAGUACACCCCGCAGCACAGCCGGGAGUUCAAGAAUGCCGUAUCGAAGAGUGCUCUGCAGUACCGGGGGAAUGCGCAGCAGGAUGCCCAGGAGUUCCUGCUGUGGCUUCUGGACCGGGUGCAUGAAGACCUGAACAACAGGGUGAACCCGCAUGGUAGACCCUCUAUAAAGCCUCCAAUAGAAGAAGAUGGAGCUUCUGAAGGACCAUCCCUUCCAGUCGCUAGCACUUUUGUACAGGAGCUUUUCCAGGCUCAGUACAGGUCUUCGUUGACUUGCCCUCACUGCCAGAAGCAGAGCAACACUUUUGAUCCCUUCCUUUGCAUUUCCUUACCUAUCCCUCUGCCUCACACCCGACCUCUGUACGUCACCGUGGUUUACCAAGGGAAAUGCUCUCACUGCAUGAGAAUCGGAGUGGCUGUGCCCUUGACCAGUACAGUAUCCAGGCUACGAGAAGCUGUGUCACAGGAAACAAAGAUUCCUACUGAUCAGAUAGUAUUGACGGAGAUGUAUUAUGAUGGAUUUCACCGGUCCUUCUGUGAUGAUGAGGACGAUCUGGACUCUAUCCAAGAAAGCGAUUGUAUUUUUGCUUUUGAAACUCCAGAAAUAUUCAGGCCAGAAACCAUUCUAAAUCAAAGAGGGCUGCAUGCAAAUUUAAACCAGAACAACCUGAAGUAUGGCACAGAGCACAACAGGACUUCUUCAUACAUGCAUGGAGCAGUGGUGCCUGUAUUAUCUCCCAAUAAGAACAGUGGAAGUGAGAAGAUCAUUCUUCUGGUUUGCAACAGGGCUUGUAUGGGGCAGCAGGGCAGAAGGUUCGGCCACCCCUUCGUGCUGUGUGUGGAGCAGACUGUGACCUGGGAUGUCCUUCAGAAAGAAAUCCUGGAGAAGAUGCGCCACCUGUUAAGGCCUGGUGUGUAUAUUCAGGUUGGCCCCUUUAGCCUACGUGUAGUUGGAGUUGUAGGGAUUACAUACCUUUUACCUCAAGAAGAGCGGCCGCUUUGCCACCCCACUGUGGAAAGAGCAUUCAAAUCUUGUGGUCAAGGCGGGCCUCCUCAUGUAAAGGUAGUUGUGGAAUGGGACAAAGAGACCAAGGACUAUUUAUUUGGGCACACCGAGGAUGAGUACGUCCCUGAUUCAGAAAGUGUGCACCAGCAGAGAGAGCAACACCACCAGCCUCAGACCUGCACCCUCUCGCAGUGCUUCCAGCUGUACACCAAAGAGGAACAGCUGGCUCCCGAUGAUGCAUGGCGCUGUCCUCACUGUAAGCAGCUGCAGCAGGGAAGCAUCAAGCUGAAUCUGUGGACGCUUCCUGAUGUUCUCAUACUGCACCUGAAAAGGUUCAGGCAGGAAGGCGACAGGAGAAUGAAAAUGCAGAACAUGGUCAAGUUCCCCCUAAUUGGCCUGGACAUGACCCCUCACGUAGUGAAACGCAGUCAGAGCAGCUGGAGCUUGCCCUCCCAUUGGUCACCCUGGAGACGGCCCUACGGACUGGGCAGAGACCCUGAAGACUACCUGUAUGAUCUGUAUGCUGUGUGCAAUCAUCACGGGACAAUGCAUGGAGGCCAUUAUACAGCUUACUGUAAAAACUCGGUCGAUGGCCAGUGGUACUGUUUUGAUGACAGUGAUGUUCAGCCGAUCUCGGACGACGAUCUUUGCAAACAGACCGCGUAUAUCCUGUUUUAUCAGCGGAGGACAACCAUUCCGUCUUGGUCUGCCAACAGUUCUGUAGCAGGCUCCACGAGCUCGUCUCUGUGUGAUCACUGGAUCAAUAGGCUACCUGGUAGCAAGCCGCCCAGCGUUGCCUCUGCAGCGUCGUCAAGGCGCACUUCGCUGGCAUCUCUCUCGGAAUCUGUGGAGUUUGCAGGGGACCGGAGCGAGGAUGAGGGAGGAUUCUCAACCCGACCUUUUGUAAAAAGUGUCCAACGCCAGAGCUUAUCUUCCAGAUCUUCAAUGGCUAGCCCUUUAACGAUGAAUGAAAAUGGAAGCAAGCCCUUGUGGUCACUGUCAGCCAAACUCCAAAUGAGAUCGAAUUCCCCGUCACGCUUCUCCUUAGAUUCGCAUUCUUCCUCUACUUUAGAAAGGAUCGGGGAAGCAUGCGAUGAUAAAGUCUCUACUUCCUGCUUUGGGAGCUCCAGUAAACACGAGCACAAGUCCAGUGGGAAAGCACCUCUCGCUGUUAUGGAAAGCAUAGCAAGUGAUGAGAACAGUCACAAGAGACCCAGUACGUGUCUAGAUGAGCAGUACACCAAGAGUACAACACAGACAGAGAAGAGGGUGUCCAAAGCAGACUCUAUAGAUAACAACAACCAAACAAACUCUGUCGAUCAGAGUCAUUCUGGUCACGGCUCUUCAUCGAAAGAUACAAAACCUCGAAGCAGCUCGGGGGUGUCGACUCAGAAAGUGGAGAGCACAGCAGCUAAAAGGAGCUCCUCAAAGGCAGUUAUGGAGCAGGAGAAGAGUUCAAAGAAAAAACAAACGACCUCAUCCGCUCAGUCAUCUCCUGCUUCUCAAGCUUCCUCCAGUCCCCAAGGCAAAAGCUCCCAGAAGACCUCCAGUUUGAAAGUCAAAGCAGAUUCCACCAAGCCGGGGAGCCAGAAAGCCUCUUCCUCAUCGGCUCACUCCAAAAAGGAUUCCUCCCAAGAAACUCUUUCAGGUGCCGUGCCUCAGAAGCACAGAGCAUCUUCACCUCAGUCCUCUUCACCAUCGCCAGCGGGGAAGAAGACCUCAACGGCAACCGAGAGGAGCUCUUCCACCCCGUCCGCUGGGAGGAAAAAGCUGUCCCAAAGGAGCCUGAGCAGGGAGUCCUCUUGCAUAAGCCCCCUUGCAGAGAAACCUGGUGUGGCCAGAACCAGCAGCUCUGCCAGGUCUUUGGUGACAGGGAGUGACAGCGUUCGAGUGGAGCGCAGGCCAGUUAGAAGCUCCAGCAGCAGUUCUUCUGUUACAAGCUUGCGAUCUCCCAGCGUUUCCUCGAAGACUGAUCUCCGAAGGAACAGCAAGUCGGAGGACAAAGGGUUGUCCUUCUUUAAAACCGCGCUGCGGCAAAAGGAGACCCGCAGAUCAGCAGAUUUCGGCAAGACCACAAUUCUGUCUAAGAAGUCCCAAGAAGCGGCCACGAAAUCUAGUAUGAAAAAUGGCACUGGGGCAGUUGAGGGGACAAGUAAGGUGACAAGUAAGUCACCAGAACCUAAAACAGGCAAGGCUUCUGAGAAAGAAAAGGAGUCUGCUAAGAACUCCACCCCUGUCAAACGGUCUUUAUUGUCUGCAAGUAAAGCAAAGUCUUCCACACCAGAAAUAGGUGCUCAUUCUCCUGCUAAUGGGAAAAAGCCACUUGAAAAGACCUCAUCCUCCAGAAAACUUUCUUCCAGCAUGCAAUCACCUGCACGGUCUGUUCUGAAGCCUCAGUGAUAUUUUGCAAAGCAGUUUAUUUCUUUUUUUCUGGUAAUGCAGCUAAUUUUUGAUUAUUUUUCUUUUGUUGAUGUGCCUAAUAUAAAUUAUAUUUUUUUUCUUAAAGAAAACGUAUUGUAAAUUAGUGAAACCAUCUUUCUAUCCUGCCAUCAAACCAAAUAAUUGCCAUUUGCCAGAUCUGAUACUAAGUCUACUGUUCACACGGACUGAAUAGUUGUAUAGAAGUGUGUUUAACAAAGCACUUUGUAUAUAUUUAAUCUUUUUUUGCCGAAGAAUGCUAUAUAACUUCAUGAACUGUACAUUUGAUUACAAGGUCAUUUUUAAACUCCCUGUUACUGUAGCAUGCUUUGAAGAGGUACGUUUUAGGCAGAUUUUUUUUAAACUAUUAAUGGACGAGGGGCAAAUAGGUUUUACAGUAUAGUGUGUUGUAUUUGUACAGCACAGACUUUAAGGUAAAAAAAAAAAACUGAGAGGCUGCUUAUUUUUAACUCAAGCUAUUUAAAGGGCAAUAUUAUAAAUCAAAGAUCAAACGUCAAAGAGGACUAGAGUUUUUCAAAAGUGGGCAGUAAUGUAGUGGCUUCGCACUUAGCUUAGUAAAAUAUUAAUUUAGCCUGCAUUUUGAGAAGUGUAUAUAUUUGUUUCUUACUACCGAGGACAGUGUUUACAACUGUGACCCAAAACUGUCCGCUCUAUUACAGAGCAAUAGAAAUGGAUAACUAGCUUCAUAAUCUUUAGCUUCAGAGCUCAGAGCAUUGUGAAAGCCAACAUGACAUUAAAGUGUCGAGUGGGAACAUGACUGUCUUUAUGUUUCAAACCACCUGCUCCCCUCAGUGAAUUACAACUUGCAGGGACUGAACAAAUCUCCAAUCCAUAAAAUAAUGCAGUAUCCUUUUCUAUUUUCUGUGACACUCCACUACAUUCAGCCGCCAAA